AGCCGGCUCCCGACCAAAAACUUCGGAAAUCUGUCAAUCCCAUAGAUCGCCGGACUUUAAUCCGAUAUUGACGGCGGAAGAAUGACGAAGAAAGCUGUGCUGAUCGGCUGCAACUAUCCGGGAACCAAGGCGGAGCUGAAAGGUUGCGUGAACGACGUGCGACGAGUCCAUCGAUGCCUGGUAGAUCGCUACGGCUUCAAGGAGAGUGACAUCAAGGUACUGAUCGACAGUGACACCGCCUACACCCAACCCACCGGAGCAAACAUCCGGCGAGCCAUCACCAACCUUGUUCACUCCGCGGAACCCGGCGAUUACCUUUUUGUUCACUACAGCGGACACGGAACACGAUUACCGGCUGAGACUGGAGAAGAUGACGAUACCGGUUAUGACGAGUGUAUCGUUCCCUGUGAUAUGAAUCUCAUUACUGUUCUGGCGAGAAUUGAUGGGUUACAGUAACUUGGGAGUGAUUUUGGAGAUGGGGUUUGAGUUUAUUGAUUUAAUUACUGACAGCUCUCAAGAUUCUGAUCUUCUUAAACUGAUUCAAUCACAAGACCACUAUGGUUUCAACAACAUUUUUUA